ACAAUCCAUUGAUAUAUUUGGGCUUUGUUGACAUUCACAUGAUUACAGGCUCGAGAGUUUGAGGGGUCAUUCAGUGUUAAAGGCUGGUAAGAGGAGUCACAUUGCCUCCUUAUCAGAUUAAUUCUCCAGCUCAUAGCCUUAUAUGUCCGAGUUAGUAAGAUGACACGAAGGUUUUUUUUCAGAAGGAAGUCAUCCAAUACCAUGCUUUCAGCAAGGGAGGAGAAAGAAUCAAUGAUGGGUUCAGCACAAAGAAAUGGGUCUGUGCCUAAAGAUGUAUUUCUCUGUCACAGUGGGAAACAGAAAAUCCCAGUUCGGGAGCUACACAAGGAGCUGGCAAAUAAGGGUGUAUCCUGCUUCUUUGAUGAGGAUCCUCAAAGCUUGCCACUAGCUGAAAAGUUCCCUGCUCGUAUUUUUGAAGCGGCUGAGAAAUGCAGAGUAGCAGUUUUGGUUAUCUCCACGGAUUUUAUCGACUCAAAGUGGCCAAUGCUUGAACUUUCCGCUUUGCUCAAAGCUAAAAGUUCUGGUAAAAAUCCCCACAUGAAAAUACUACCCUUGUUCUUCAUGUUAUCGCCAAAUUCCCUUUCUGAUUUUACAGUAGACAAUCAAGCAUGGAAAGAGUUGGGGAUAUCUGAUGAGGAUCGGGUUGAAUGGCAUGCUACUUUAAGAGAAAUAAAAUCAAUUAAGGGUUUGGUGUUCAAAGAAGUUGAGGAUGUAGUAAUUUUUAAAGAUGAAGUUGUAAAAGCGAUCUGCUCCCUGCUACUUCCUCACAUACCCAGUUCUCUGGAAGGGCAUGCACUUCAGGAUCCUCUAACUCCACCAUUUGACCUUACUUAUGGACAGUUGUGUUUUAAAAUUAGUGCCAAGUUUUUAAAAAUUUCCAUGGUGAUUUGGAUUUGCAUAUAUUUGCCUGCAUCCCUUCAACACCUUCUUCAGCCUCAUCUUUCUUUAACAACUGUUGUGGACGUUGUUCCAGAGUAUAUUGUAGUCUCCAUUAUUUUAUGUACACCAGUUGAGAUCCCAAUGUAGGACCUCCAAUCAGCAUCAUGUGCUGCUCUACACCUUGCUACUCGCCCUUUUCCAGGGAAAGUGAGGAUUAUUCUUACAAAAGAGUUAUGGAUCUUGAUAAAUUUUGUAAGUUGAUUUGCUUAAGCAAGACUUUGUUCAAUAAUUCGA